AAUCACAAUCAUCUGCCAUGAAAGUUCAAAGGUCCAGAGGGGAAGCCGCAGCCACGAUUUGACUCACCAACACUCUCUUCUCUUUCUCUCUCUUCAUUAUUAUUGAAGAAAGAUUCCAAAUUUUUCAAUUUCACAUGAAACCUCACUUCUCUCUUCCUUUUGCUUUCGCAUCUUCUUCGUCAACGAAUCCUCGGACUCUCCGGCGAUGCCCCGUCGAUUAAACGACGGCGAGCCUGGCCGUUUUACCGCCACUGCUCUUCUUUUAAUCGGUUUGAUCUCUUGUGUUAUCGUCUACGCUGUCUUCUCUACUAUCCUCCGUCCUCAAGAUCCUACCCUCGUUGAUUCCGCUGUUCGAUUCACGGAGGAGUCGCGAGAUCACGACGCGGUUGAAGACGGUGGAGGCGGGUGUUGCCGUGGAAUUGAUAAUCUGGAGCUUUGGGGUCCGGCGGUGAAAUGGGGGACGGAUUUUAAGUUUAAUUCGUCGGAUGGAUGUUGUAAAGCUUGUAAAGUUAUGUGUAGCGGCAACGAUGGACCUUGCUUGUGCGAUUCAUGGGUCUUCUGUGGAAACAAAGACGCUUGUGGGUCGAAGUUUGGAGAGUGUUGGUUGAAGAAGCAAAAAGAUGUCUUGAUGCCUGAUCGACAAGCAGGUGGCGAGAAAGUAAUGUGGACAUCUGGGCUUAUCUUCGGACAAGGCCAGGGCAUUGUUGCUUUUGAAACGGAACACGGGGUAAUUCAUGUCAAACUUCACCCUGAGUGCGCUCCUCACUCAGUAUACUACAUUCUGAGUUUGUUAACUCUACGCCACUGCGCAGGCUGCCAGUUUCAUCGAGCGGAGAGCCGGGGAUCAUAUUGGGACUCAGAAGGCAAUCAUGUAAAGAAUGCUCCCUUUGGUCCACCAUACGCUAUGAUCCAAGGAAUACUCCAGGCCGAGGGAAACAUGUUCACACCGAUCCCAAUCGAGCACUGCCCAACUAUAAGCCGUGGCUCGGUGGCGUGGGUCGGCUCUGGUCCAGAAUUCUUCAUUAGUUUGGUAAACCACCACGAAUGGAAACAAUCUUACACUGUAUUCGGCUCAGUCCUACCAGAAGACAUGGAUGUUGUGGAGACGAUUGCCAGUUUACCAACUAGAGCCGAUGUCUGGAACAGCGUCAAUGUCUCUGUACUGGAGAAACCGGUGUCCUUAACCGUACGGAGAAUGAAGACGGGCCAAGACCAAGAAGAAACCGGUUCAUGAAGAACACAGCUUGAAAUGAGUUCAGAAUAGUUUUUGUUUCUUUUUCGGAAUUUUACAAUUUAUCUUUGUUCAAUGUUCAUAGAUAGAAACUACAACAAAAAUAACUUAAAAAAUUUCGUGGUUUCUGGCCAUUUAUUGGUUAUUAGAUCAGUAGCUUCUCUUAGGUAUGUCAAA